AUGGAGCAAGCAAAUGUGGAAAUGAAGUUAAUUAGGGAUAAAGUUGAUUUGCAAAAUUCGUUUAAAGAGGAAAUUAAUAAAAAUGAAAAGCUUGCUGAAGAAUUGGAGAAAUUAAAUAUUGAAAAAGAAGAAUACAAAAAAAGAAGUGAAUUAUAUUUGGAGGAAAUGGAUCAACUUAGAAAGGGUUAUUUAAAAAUAGGGAACGAAUUAAAUAAAUUGAAGGAAGACUCGGAAAAUUCAUCCAAAGCAGUGUUAAAUGAGAAAAAUGAAUUGGCUAAAAAAUUGGAGAAAAUAACUAAAGAAAAUUUAAAAUUGAGAGAAGAAAAACAUUUCAAUUUGAAGGAAUUGGAGAAUUACAGAAAUGCUUGUCAGUUGCCGACAGACGAGAAAGCUGUUUUGCUUCGACAAAAUAAUCAGUUAUCUCUUGAAUUACAACGGGCAAAUUCUGAAUUGACAAAGUGUAGAAAUGAGCUUGCUUUGAAUUUGAAACUUGUUGUAAGUUUGAUUUUUUUGUAUGUAGAAGAAAUAAAAUAA